AUGUCAGACACUGAAUUCAAGAGGCUUGAGUUCUUCUACAUGAACGGUUGCAUUGAAGGUCCGUUCUGUAACAACUCUCGGCUGAUUGAUCAUAACACAAGUAAUGGUGACAUGCUGGAGAUUUUUGAUGAUGGAUCUUCCUGGUUAAGAAUUCUUAUUUCUGUGGUUUACUUCAUUGUAGCUACAGCAGGAGUGUUGGGCAACCUGUUAGUCAUGUUCCUGCUGUAUUCUACUCACACCAUCACUACAGGCACCAUCAAUUUCUUUGUUUUUAACUUAGCUUUGGCUCACCUACUCUUUUCUCUGGCCUUACCAUUUUGGGCUGUGGACAUCGCGAUGGACUACAGCUGGCCUUUUGGUUUGGUCACAUGCAAGGCUGUCUCUCUACUUACAGGACUGAAUGUCUUUGCCAGCUGCUUCUUCCUGACAGCCAUGAGCCUGACCCGUUAUUGCUAUGUGGCAACAGCCCUCAAGCCCAGUGGUUCCCUGUGCACUAGAUCAUGUACAUUUCCGGUGGUCACAGCUUUCAUCUGGGUUGGAGCACUCAUAGCAGCAGCCCCUAGAGCUGUGUUUGCAGACCUGAGUCACGUGGGCAUCAAUAACGAUAUAGCAUGCCUGCUACGCUUCCCAGAUGGUACGGCCUGGCUUGGAGUAAACCAGCUCCUGCGAGUGGUGCUGGGAUUUUUGCUGCCCUAUGCCACCAUCAUCCUCUCCUAUCUGCUUCUGUUGCGUUUCCUCUGUAGGCAUAAACUGAAAGGCGGGAGCACCUCUCGACGAAAGACUGAAAUUUCUAAAUCUGUGGCAGUGGUAGUGCUUUCAUUCUGCAUCUGCUGGUUCCCGUACAAUGUUCUCACACUUUGGAGCGUCCUGAUCCAACUUGACAUCAUUGAUAUCAGCAAAUCCUUCUACUCAGCUCAGACAUACUUCUUUCCUCUGGCCAACUGUUUGGCUUUCACCAGCAGCUGCUUCAACCCAGUCAUCUACUGCCUGGUUAGAAAAGAAUACCGUGCAGCUCUCCAAAAUGUGUUCUUCAAGCUGAGUCUGGCCAUUAUGUCCAAGAUGCCAUAUGCAAUGAACUCUGAGGAGGGCUCAGGGCAAGCUGGGCAGCUUGCUAUUCCACUCAACAACAUGUACAGUCAGACAUCCCAAACUGACACGAGGAGAUUCGUACCAUUCUCAACGAUUCCUAAUGCUGUGUCACCUCUGUAA